AUGAAAGAAAUUGUAAAUGCAGCCCUACCCCUAGAGGUAGACGAAUGUGCUGGCAAGAACAUGUUUCCGGCUUCUUCGGUGCCUGUUGUGCCUCCAAUCUCCAGUAAUGUUCAGCCGCAGGCGUCAUUUGCAUCCUCUGAUCCUCAAGCUCUGCUCAAGGACCUAUCCGGUUAUCCAGAGGAACGUCCGGCGUCUUGCCAAGUCAACCCUGCUUCUGUGCCAGCAGCAUCGUCUCUGCCAUCCAGUUCAUCCAGUCCCAUUGAGGAUCUCUACUUCCGUUCUUCAAACAAUCCGUUUCACAAUGACCUGUUGCACAGGCAUGUAACUAGUGCUGGGGGUGAUCCGCUGCAUAAAGAGACAACUGGUUCCCUGAAAAGUUACGAUCCCGAAAGUGGAGGGGAACAGGGCAACGACAGUGAGCAGCAGGAAAGCAGCGAGCUAGGCGAUUCUCACG